AUGCCGACCCUCACGUUCCACCUCGCCAUCCCGCUGCCGGCAGCACUGUCGCCCGGACAGGUCAUCCAGGCGAUGCACCGCUACGAGCCGCUCAUCACGCCCAACCCGUUUCUGGUCUCGUACCGCCGCCGCCCGGUCGACCUGCGCGAGAUCGUCGACGACGCCUUCUUCCGCGACGACGGCCAAGCGCUGGCUGCCUUUGAAGUCGUCGACCGCAUCGUCCUCGUGCCCGGCCUGGCCACCAAGCAGGUCGUCAUCCCUUGCGUGAUGCAGCGCUUCGAUGACGGCCUGCGCUGCCGCAGCUUCGCCGCCGGUGGCGUGCGCGUUUGGAGCACCUGGCGCGUGCAGCCGGCCGUCACCGGCGCCGAGGCCCUGGACAACGACGUAGAUGGCAGCCCGCUCCCGUCUGCUGUCGCCUAUGAGCUCGUCGAAGAGGCCCGGGUCGAGUGCAGCGUUCUCGUCAAGCCGUUUGUCGGCCGCAGCUUCCAGGCCGCGCACAUGGAUAUCCUCCGGUCGGUCGUCCGGGAGAUCAUGCAGCAACAGGCAUGA